CUCCUGGCAUUGGGAUUUUUGCAGGGAGCUCGGGAUGCUGCAAAAAAAAAAAAGAACAAACCCAAAACCACCCGUGAUGGAGGCUCGGAACCUGCCCCUCGGGCCCAGCCCGCUGGGAUCAGGGAGAAGCUCCAUCCCUGAGGGAAUCACGCAUCCCACGGGUCGGCAGGGGCUCCAGCUCUGCCUGAGCAGCUCUUGGCAUCAGGAUUUUUUAGCAGAGAUGCUGCAAAAAAGCCACAAACCACCCCCGUGGUGGAGGCUCAGAACGUGCCCCUCGGGCUGGAGGAGCUGCCGGGAUGAGGGAGAAGCUCCAUCCCCGUGGGAAUUGCCCUGAUCCCACAGGUUGGAAGGGACUUCGUUCCUCCCUGGAGGUGCCAGGAGUGAGGGAGGUGACGCUGAGCGGCUCUUGGCAUCGGGAUUCUUGGAUCAGGGAGCUCAGGAUGCUGCCAAAUAAAACCAAACCACCCGUGGUGGAGGCUCAGAGCCUGCUCCUCGGGCUGGGAUAAGGCAGGAGGGAAAAGGCUCCAUCCCUGCGGGAAUCACCUUGGUCCCACAGGUCAGCAGGGGCUCCAGCCCUCCUUGGAGCUGCCAGAAGUGAGGGAGCUGAUGCCAAUCAGCACCUGGCAUCAGGAUUUUGGCGGAGAUGCUGCAAAAAAAACCCCAACAACCCCAUGGUGGAGGCUCAGAGCCUGCUCCUUGGGUUGGGACAAGGCAGGAGGGAAAAGGCUCCAUCCCUGCGGGAAUCACUCAUCCCACAGGUCGGCAGGGGCUCCAGCCCUGCCUGGAACUGUCAAGCAGCUCUUGGCAUCAGGAGUUUUGCAGACAUUCUGCAAAAAAAAAACCAUAGUGGAGGCUCAGAGCCUGCUCCUUGGGCUGGGAUAAGGCAGGAGGGAAAAGGCUCCAUCCCUGCGGGAAUCACCUUGAUCCCACAGGUCAGCAGGGGCUCCAGCCCUCCUUGGAGCUGCCAGAAGUGAGGGAGCUGAUGCCAAUCGGCACCUGGCGUCAGGAUUUUUGCGGAGAUGCUGCAAAAAAAUACUCAAACCCCCGUGGUGGAGGCUCAGAACCUGCCCCUCGCGCUGGGAUAAGGCAGGAGGGAAAAGGCUCCAUCCCUGCGGGAAUCACCCAUCCCACAGGCUCCCGGGGGCUCCACCCCUGCUGGCCCGGCACCCCCAGCCCACAGGGACCCCCCGGAGCCGCCCCUGCUGCCCCCCCCACCCCCUUAACCCUUGUCGAUCUUCCGCAGGGCUCUGGGCGGAGGCGCCGUUUAAGGCGGACAAUGAGGUUUUGGAGGUGUUGGCUGGGAAUUCCUCCCAGACUCUCUUGGAGCGUUGUUCUGGUGAGAGCCUCGGGGUUCAGAUGGUGCCCCCCCCACAUCCGAACCUGGCAGAUUCCUUCGUAUUUUUUAGCUUCCGCUCCCCCGAGCUUGGCAUCCCGAUGGGGCACCCGCGUCCGAACCUCGUAGACCCGUCACGCUUUUGGGCCUCCAGUCCCCGAGACCGGCAUCCCGACGGGGCACCCGCAUCCGAACCUUGUAGAUCUUUCAUAGUUUUGGCUUCCAGCCCCCCCGGCCCGGCGUCUUUCCCUCUCUUUCUGGGGACACACCCCGUCCCCGGCUCGGAUAGGGAGCAGCGGAGAGACCAGGCGGCCGCGCCGAGGCGGGAGAUGCUGCUCGGCCCCGUCCCCGAAUGUCCUCCUGUUCCUGCCUUGUCCCCGCCCUGUCCCCGCGCUGUCCCCAAACACCUCUCGGUGACUUUCUCCUUGUCCCAGAGCUGCUCUUCGGCCAAGCCCGAGCGCAGCCCCAGCAGGUCAACGGCGUCCUGGGGGGGUCGGUGCUGCUCUCCCCGGCUCUGCCCCCCAACAAGACGGUGAAGGAGAUCGAGUGGAGCUUCUCCGCCGGCACCGGGGCCAUGAUCCAGGUGGCGGAGUUCAGCCGCGGCGGGUUCGAGCGCCCCGAUCCCAGGGAUCGCUUCGGGAAGCGGCUGGAGAGGUACAACGAGACGGCGCUGAGGAUCCGGGCCCUGGAGAGGGGCGACAGCGGCGUCUACGGGGCGAGGAUUAAACUGCACCCGGCGCUGGUGGAGGAUCAAACCUUCAACCUCUCCGUCUACGAGUCGGUGCCGAGCCCCCGGACCCGCAGCCAGCUCCUGGCCAGCACCUUGGAAUGGUGCAACCUGACCCUGCAGUGCCAGGGCUCCGGGAAAGGCGCCGUGAACGUCACCUGGAAGCGCGACAGCCUCACCGGGGACCUGAUCCCCGACCGCCACCAGCUGUCCCCGGACGGGACCACCCUGAGGGUCAACCUGCCCCCCACGGCCGCCAACGUCACCUACGCCUGCACCGUCAGCAACCCCGCCGACCAAAAAGUCGCCCUGUUCGACCUGCAAACCAUCUGCCAGGGCGGAGGGGGCCAAACGUCCUUCUCGACGUCGGGGUACAUCGUGCUGACCCUCAUCCUGCUGGCCGUGAGCCUGGGGGGGGCCUUCUGGUGCUGGAGGAUGAACAGCGAGAAGGCGUCGGAUCCAGCCGCCACCCCCACGGUGGCCGCCGAGGAAAGCCCCUCGGAGCCCCAGUACACCGACAUCGUGUGCCGGAGCCCCCCGGAAGGUAAUGACCAGGGCCCGAGUCACCCCGAGAAUAACCAGGAGCAGAGCUCGCCGCAGAAAGCACCGGCGGCCGCCCCCGGCGAGGAGCAGCAGCAGGGCCAGGCAGCGCCAGGGGACACGGCCGAGGAGGUGACAUAGACCCUCAGGCACCCGCAGGGCCGGAGCGCCGGGAUCUCCUGGAAGGGCUGUAAAAGUGCGUCGUGUGCCAAAUCCCAACCCAAAUCCAGCCCCCCCGUUUCGGCUCCGGGAUCGGGAGGCUCCACCGCGGGACUUCAGCCGGACGGACCCCCUUCCCCAACCCCUCACCCCCCCACCCACCCCCUCCUCCGGUUCAUCCCCAACCUCCUUCCCCGGUGCCCUCCGAGGCUGUUUGGGGAGCGCGAUCCCGGACCGAGGCGGCGGCGGCGGAGCUGGGGGGUCUCUCCGUGGUCCUCCCCCCCUUCCGUGUGCUCUGGGAUGCUCCAGGAUGGGGGAAAACCCCGGGAUUCGCCCCCCGGGACUUGGCCGGGGCGGGGGGGGUGGGGGGACAUCGCCGGGAGGGACCACGACGAGCCGCCCCGGGGGGCACGUGGACCCCCAACCUCCAGCUCCCCCCUCCCGGGGUCUCGCAGGGACCCUCCGCGGGGAGAUGCCCACGUUGGGGGGGGGGGGGGUCGUGCCCACCCGCUCGGCCGCUGCCAAGGGGACGCGGAGCGGGGGGGGGGGACAUGCGGCGGUGCCCUCCCGACCCCACUGGAGCGGCCCUGGGGGGCACCCCCGGGGGGAUGCGGAAGGGACCGUCCGUCGCCGGUGCAGAGCCACGGGAAGCGCCCCCUCCCCUCCCCUCCCGUCCCUCCCCUCGCUGUUCCCGCGUAGCCCGCGCACGGAGGGGGGGUCUCACCGCCUGUGUGUCCAGCACCCACUGCCACGGGGACCCCCCGCCCAGACCCCCCCCGGUGUAAAAACAGCAAAUAAAUGUUGGUGAGGUCA